GCGUGCAACAACGAACGCAACGCAGCUGUGUUUGUGUUUGCCUACUUUAUUUGUUUUGUCAUUUUAUGUUGUUCGAACAUAAUAGUGAUGGAUUGAGUCGGGUUCGGAAAAGAGCAAAGCAUAUAUUUCGAUUAGUAAAUCAAAAAUAUAAUAAUAUACUAUAAAUCUGUUCGAAAUUCCAUUUGAGUUCAGCUAAGCAAAUUAUGAUUUUGUUUCAGCGUCCGUUGGGAAUUUUGGCAUGCUUCUUGAUUUACAUCUGCCUGCCACUCGACCGUCACUGGGUCGAGAGUGUGACCACAGUGAGCAAGACGUCGCCGGAAGUGGAAGUGCCAUCGAAAGCGGAAGCGAAAGUAUUGCAGAUGCCAAAAAUGGGAAAUAUGUCAACGAUGCCGACGAUAACGAGUGAGUUCAAGGCGAGUCGCAUCUACGAAUCCUUUCGCGCUGUACCCAGCACUUCGAUGUCAACUUCGACGUCUACAUCAGCUACUGAUGAGGAGAGGAGCCGUCGCUUCAUGCGACGCUAUGCGAAUGAGACAAGCGCCUUCGGGGCAGUAGGCGCAAGCCGCCUGAUGCGACCUCGCACUGCAUCGGCCGAUAUGCUGAGCAGGAACAUCUCGAGCAUACUCGAGAAUCUGCUGAAGCGCUACGAGCAGUCACAGCUGCCCACCCACGGCCAGGGGCUGCCGACGGUUGUCCGUACGAACAUUCUGAUCCGUAGCAUGGGGCCGGUGUCGGAGCUGGAUAUGGACUAUUCGAUGGACUGCUAUUUUCGGCAGUAUUGGCGCGACAAGCGACUCAGCUUCCAGGGGCCUAUCAAGAGUCUCUCGCUGAGCAUCAAGAUGCUGGACAAGAUCUGGCGACCCGACACCUACUUCUACAAUGGCAAGCACUCGCACAUACACACGAUUACGGUGCCGAACAAGCUGCUGCGCCUCGAUCAGGAUGGGGGCAUUCUCUACUCCAUGCGUUUGACCAUCAAGGCCACCUGUCCCAUGGAGCUGAAGAACUUUCCGAUGGACCGCCAGUCGUGUCCACUUAUCAUUGGCAGCUAUGGCUAUACGAACCAGCAGCUGGUUUACGAGUGGCAGAAUCACGACGAUGCCGUGUCCUUUGUGCCCGGAAUGACACUCAACCAGUUCGACUUAAUCAGCAUGAUGCAUCGCAAUUUCACGUCAACUCGCCGUGAGGGCGAUUUCUCCGUGUUGCACGUCGCCUUCAAUUUGAAGCGCCACACAGGCUACUUUCUCAUCCAGGUUUAUGUGCCUUGCAUUCUGAUUGUGGUACUGUCGUGGGUCUCAUUCUGGAUACAUCGUGAGGCAACCAGCGACCGUGUCGGACUCUGUGUGACAGCAGUGCUCACUCUCUCGACCAUCAGCCUGGACUCACGCACCGAUUUGCCGAAGGUGAAGUAUGCCACAGCUCUGGAUUGGUUUCUGCUGAUGAGCUUUCUCUAUUGCAUUGCCACGCUGCUCGAGUUCGCAGGCGUGCAUUAUUUCACCAAGCUAGGCAGCGGCGAGAUUCCGCGCAUCGAUGACGAGUGGGAAGACAUUGGUGCCUUGGGCUUUGGCGCUUCUAGGGAUGAGCCUGCCGAUGCCGAAGAGGCGACGAGCGACGACAGCGAGCCCCCCAACUCCGACAGCGAUGUCUUUGACUUUGCCGACCACGAUGCUGCCACGAUGAUGCACUGCGACUGCGACUGCGACUGCGAGUUGCCACUGCCCACCGAGCUCAAUGCUCCCGCUAUCGCUGUCGCUGGCAACCGCAACACCUUCAGCUGUCCCAUCUACAAUGUAAGUGAGCUCGCACAUUCACAUCUACAACUUCAGUUCCUCGAAUUCCAAUUGCAGAACCAGCCACAGAGUGGGGCCAACAUCUUUCCAAAGCUGUCGUCCCACGCCUCGACCAUGGAGCGCACCACACAAACCGAGCCGCCGGUGGUCUCGCGCAUGCAUCAGAUGUGGCUCUGCCUGAAGGGAGACGACAAGUUCCGGCGGCAGCGAGAGCGGGACGCGGCAGCCGAGAAGAGCAAUCAGGGUCGCAGUGGCAGAAGCUAUGUGAACAGCAUCUCGCUGAUCGACCGUGUGGCGCGUGUCGCCUUCCCCAUGACCUUUGCCCUCUUCAAUCUGCUCUACUGGCUGGCGUAUGGCAUGUACAAGAAGGAGUUCUCCUGGUCCAUGAUCAAGGCCUGAGUUGUCCCUCGACACAGUUAUGCUUUAUUCAAUCGUCGUAGUCGUUAGCCAACAUGUUACUUGCACCACAUACAAGUUAGUUUCAAUUAAAUGCGAUAAAUCGCUCUUCAAACUUAACUGUUUAUAUUUCUGAAUCGAACAUAACUGUCUUCAAUCCUUUACAAACUUCAAUGUAAGAAAAAAUAGCUUUUGUCCCCGCCUCGACUGACCGAAUUAGACAUUUACGCUGCCGCCAAAUAACGUAAAUAACGGCGUGGAAGCGUUUGACAUCAGCACUGUGAAAAAUAAAUGCUUCAAAUAAUCUAUGAAAAUAAUUGAUAUAGUUUUGGCUCUCAUCUACCUAAGCCUGCUCAUUUUAAUUUGUAAUAAAUACAAAUUAAUAUUUUAAUAUUUUUAUUUCAUUUGAUAAACAAAAUGUUU